CAUAAUAGCCAAUAUCUCCAGUUUUGAGCCAUGGUUUUCCUGCCAGGGAAAAUGUNUCUCUAGGUAAUUUCUUCUGCUGCCGCAAGAAGCAAACGCAUCAGAGCUUUGAAAAUUUCAAAAAACUAUCUUCACCCAAUCAGGGUAAGGACUGACUCAAAGCUUGAAAAGUCUGCUUUGAAAGCCAUUGAUAUGUUCAGGACCAGAUGCAUCCAUUUGACUGACCUUGAUCUCAGAGAAUUGGUCAUUGGAAAAAAUAUGCUGCAAAUUAUUUGCGAAAUGCCAGCCAUCCGCCAUCUUGCCCUUUAUGCAGACUGGAGAGAGAUUGAGUCCACAGGCUGUCAUGAUCAAGAUUACAACAUACAAGCUUUGUUGAGAAACACAUCCAUUGUGCUCCUGGAUUUCAAGGGAUAUGGUCAUGUACAUGGACCACCUCAGCAUUUCCUAAGGAGAAUUGUUGCUCCAAAGGUUACAUCCCUGAUUGGUUUGUCAGGAAGGAUGAUUGAUUUUUCAAGUGGCUCCUGGCUAUUUCGUUGUGAUGCACUCAAGUACUUGGAUCUGGACAUAGAAACCCCCAAGCUGUGUGAGCCUAAAAUGGUUCAUUCUUGGGCAUGCCUGUCCAAUUUGGAAAGUGCCAAGUUCCAUUCAGUGACUGUCACAAAGCCACCUCCAUUGAGAAACAGUCUUCAUCUUCAUUUGCUAAUCUUGGAUAUGCCAUUGGAGGGGGAUUUCCAAGAUUGGGUUCCUGAUUGUGUGCCUGUGUCAGUGACCCAGCUGAUCAUUGCAAGAAUGGCUGGUUACAAAAGAGCAGUGACUCCUGCUUUCUCAUGUUUCACUGAACUAAAACUGUUGUACCUGGCAUACCAAGACAGUCACCCAUCUGAUUGCAGUUUCAUUGCCCUGCCACCUUCCUUGGAGUAUUUUGUGAUGCUUGAAAACAAUGACUUGGCCAGUGAAAACUGGGACUACAUAGAAGAGGGAAGGAGACUGAAAGGAGAGUUGCCCAAGCUGAGGUUCAAGCUGAAUGCUUAUGCAAUUCCUUGCAGGGAUGAUCUUUGGAAAGAAGUGUGGACCAGGGUGAAUGUGGAGGUGAAGAAACCUGUAGUAUUUGACUGGAAUGUGCCUUGCUUCAGAGACCAUCUGGAUUUUACCUAUGAAUACAAGUGCAAGACCUUCUUCUAUGUUGAGCCCAAGAAAUGUGCUGAAGAAGUGGAUGAAGAGGAAGCCAAGAAACAGGAAGAAGAUGCUUGUGUAGAUUAGCCUGGCUGUUGGAUUUGUAAUUGCUUCUGCAGCUACAAAUAAUAAAUUGAGGGUUGAUUCAAAUAA